UCCGGAGGUGUGGCUGGUGGCUGGUGGCUGUUGGCUGUUGGCAGUGAGGUUCGCUUCAGGUGGGCUGGACGGGUGCGGCAGCGGUUCUGCGCCUUCCUGGGCCUGGACUUCGAGCCCUGGUGCCGAGCUGGUAGAAAGGCGGAAGGGGCCCCAGUCCGUGGUCUCUUUUGCCCGGGGGCGCGAGGCUGUGUUGGGGACCCGGCCGCGCCAGGGUCCGCUGGAUCCAUUUUGCGCUGAGGGCCCAGGUGGGAAUCCCCAUUGAAGUCCAGGCCAGCCCUAGCUCUUGGCCUGAGUUUCCAGAAUCUGUAAAAUGGAAGUGUGGACUCGCACCUUCUACGUCUGACGUGUGUGAUCUCGAGAGAAACCUCCAUGCAUUGGAAGCUGUCAGACGGACAUCAUAGCUUUAAAUCCAUGGCCCAAAAUGACUCUCCCACUGGACACUCUUUUCUGUAAAGACAAUAAGGAGACAGGAGGCUGUGAUGAGCAUGCCGCUGCAUCAGGUCUCAGCCAUUCCAUCCCAGGAUGCCACCUCUGCUAGAGUCUACAGAAGUAAAACCAAAGAAAAGGAGAGGGAAGAGCAGAAUGAGAAGACUUUGGGACGUUCCAUGAGUCAUUCAAGUAUCAUUUCUAAGGCUGGGAGUCCUCCGUUGGUGUCGGCUCCAGUGUCUGCCUUCUCUCGUACUUCUGUCACACCUUCCAAUCAGGAUAUCUGCAGGAUAUGUCACUGUGAAGGCGAUGAUGUGAGCCCUCUGAUCACCCCCUGCCACUGCACAGGGAGCCUGCACUUUGUGCACCAGACCUGCCUGCAGCAGUGGAUCAAGAGCUCUGACACACGCUGCUGCGAGCUCUGCAAGUACGAGUUCAUCAUGGAGACCAAGCUGAAGCCUUUGAGAAAAUGGGAGAAGUUGCAGAUGACAGCCAGUGAGCGCAGGAAGAUCAUGUGCUCAGUGACAUUCCAUGUCAUCGCCAUCACCUGUGUGGUCUGGUCCUUGUAUGUGCUCAUUGACCGCACUGCUGAGGAAAUCAAGCAGGGACAGGCAACAGGAAUCUUAGAGUGGCCCUUUUGGACUAAAUUGGUGGUGGUGGCCAUUGGCUUUACUGGCGGACUUCUUUUUAUGUACGUUCAGUGCAAAGUGUAUGUGCAAUUGUGGAAGAAACUCAAGGCUUAUAACAGAGUCAUCUAUGUUCAAAACUGUCCAGAAACAAGCAAAAAGAAUAUUUUUGAAAAAACUGCACUCACAGAGCCCAACUUUGAAAAUAAAGAUGAACGUGGAAUCUGUCAUUCCGACACAAACUCUUCUUGUUGCACAGAACCUGAAGGCAGUGGACCAGAAAUCAUUCACAUCUGAUUGUGUGGAGGGUAUAGUUUUCCUGGACAUCCAUGAACAGCUCACAGAAAUUGUUUACUGCCAAUUGUAUACCUUUUCUUACAUGCUUUAAUAGCACAGAUUGGACAGGUGACUAUUUAAUGAUUUCUCUUUUUCUAAACCCUCUUCAUGGAAUAUCUUGGAAAGCUCUUACAUCGGCUGGACAUGUCUAGGUUCCACUUCUACCUGCACAUCUAUGGGAAGGGAAUGUGGAAGACUCAUGACAUCAUGACAGGGAGCUGGCACAUGAUGUCUUGAGCAUAAGGAGGGAUAAAAUGUCACACCUGAGGGAAGAACAGGAGCAGGGUGGCACUCAGGCCCUGAUGUACAACUAUUUCAAUUGUUAGCAGACCCCACCCUGGAGCAAAGUGUUUGGGAAAGUCUAGUCAUGGUGCAAGGAUUUCCCUCCUCACUAAGGAGAGCCCAGGGAGGUAAGCUCCUUCUUCCAUUGCUGCCACUGUCAGUUCUCAGCAGGUGGACCAUGGUGCUCUGUGCAUGGUGGCAAGUGAUUUCACUAAGCAAACAGCACUUUACAAGAAAAGAAUCUAUAUUGUGUGUAUUCAGUAAGAUUGAAACUUAAAAGAGUGUCUCAUAUAGAUAGAGACCUUCUCUUCGUGACCUUGACUAUCUCUUUUAUGUUAUAAAAGAUCUAAAACCCUGUUGCCUUUUGUAUUUUGAGAAAUGUGACAUCUAGUCUUGUGUCCAUUAAAGACUUGCGACUAUAAUGCAGCACAAACAGGUUGGACACUUUCUUAUAACAUCUCAUGGGAAUUAAUGGAUUCUAAAUGGCAAUUUGAGCCUCAUUCCUAUGGUUUCAAGCUUAUUUUAUGACAAGUCUAUAAAAGAGCCUGCCCCAAACAUUUGAAAAAAUUUUUUUGGUCAACACUGAAAAGGAAGAGUGUAUGAGCUCUAAAUGAAAGGAAAAGAAGUGAGUAAUUAAAACAAAACUGAGUAUUUAGAAAUCAUUCCUUUAUAGACGAACCUCUCUAGUCUGUACUGGCCUCACACUAAAAGAGUAAGCAUGCACCAACCCAGUCUAGGGUGUGUCCACUGUAGGUGCUCCUCGGCUCCUGCCAUCUCAGCCAGCUUCUGUACCCGAGAAGACAGAGAGGCAGGCAGGCUGGCUCUGGGAUAAGGGCCAAGAAUGAGCCAGGGUCAGCUGUGUUACUGCCCUUAGCCACACCCCCAACCAUUUGUCGCCUUAACUGGACUGAACAGAGGUGAUCUUUUAGGAGCCCCUGGCCUUGCGAUCAGUCUAUUCUGUCAUCAGGGAUUAUCUCCCAUACCAUUUUUCAUAAAACAAACAAAACCAAAAUCACUACCAAAAAGUCUACUUAAAAUUCUGUUUUUAAAAACUAGUUUCAUUGCUCCAGGGAAAUGAGUGAACUCCAGGAAACUAGGUCAGGAGGAUCUGCCAUGUAACAUGGAUAUCCCAGGUGCUGGCUUUCCAGGUGUCUAUGCAUGUGCCUGGGAGUCCUGCCUUUAGUCCUCUGAGCCUUAGAUGCCUCAUCUGUUGUGUUUAGAGGAUGAAGCAAACACAAGAUGAGUCCUUUGCUUUCCCAAGGGGAAGCCCUGUGGCUUCUUUUAGAAACCAGAAGGAAGCUAAAGGGUGUCUGAGCUCUCGGGGAGUGUAUGUGGUAGCUGACUGUGCUCUGCCACCUCUUCCCACCCAGCAUCUGACUCUUCAGGAUUAUGGACUCUGAUCUAGAGAGCUGCACUGCCAUCGUCUUUCUCUGGCUGGGCAUCACACCAGCCCCUGAAAAUUGAUCAGUUUACCCUCUUGCUGUCCCCCAGCCACAUCCAGCCCAUGCCUGUGUGUUCACUGUGCCUCAAAGUGCAAUUACCCACCUCCCUUCUCGGCUUGGAGACACCAGGCAGACUGCUUACUCAGGGUUGCUGGAUCCUGCUCAUCUCUGAUUCUGCCCCUUCAAAAUGGCCUAAGGAAGGUCCUGCGUCUGCCACUUUUUAACAGCAAGUGAUGAGUCAUGUGAAGACAGGUAGAUUUUUAAGCAGGAAUCUUUUCCUUUACCCUGAUAGAAUCCCUUGUGCUGAGUUUGAAAAGUACUGAGACUUCCCAUGGAGAGGUAAGUGUGCUUUCGUAGAACUAGCCCCUGGGCAGCCCAUCCUUUAUAGCUGGUGUUCCCUAUGGCAAAGGUGCUUUUGUACCCAUGUUGUGUUGCUCCCAAGCCCAACCAGAUUUUUAUGAAGCCCUCUCUCCAUCUCACCACCUCCCAAGUUCCAAAAACUUCUCUGCCUGUGGAGGUCUGGCCCAGGUCCUUCUUUUCUUUCCUGGAAAGACACACAGAUGCUCCCUUGCCUUUCUCUUUCCUUGGCAGAUUCUAGUUGAGCACCUUUGACCCCAUUCCCAGGUCUAAUAUUCCCUGCCCGCCCGCCCCCCCCCACCCCCUCCAACUGACAGUGAGGCAUGAAGCACUUGCAAGAUUGUGCUGUGCUACCAUCUAGUGGGGACAGGGGAUCUGCCUGGUAUUCCCUUGAGUCUGUCAUUUGCCCUCUAAAUGCUUUUGGGGGUUAAUCCCCAGAUUCCUUUCAUUCUGUACCUCGCUCUGGUGGGACGAUGGCAUUUGACUGAACUUUGUGGAAAUGUGGGAUGAGCCUUCAGGUGUCAGGGCCAGUAGGGCUGGUACUUGUGGGCCAGGCAAUGGAGAGAUGGCAGCAGCCCUUAGGGGUGUCUCCAGCCAGCCCUCUCUGACCUGACCUUUAUUCCCCAAGAAGUUACAGUACAACUCAAGGGCUUCUGACUUCUUUGGCUGCCAGCAGUAAUUUGUUUUUUGUGCCCGAGUUUAAGAAUUUCCUGAAAAUCUGUAAAAGGUCACUUCCUACUCCAGGACUCUAACACGUGUCCCCCUACGCCACUCCCCUACUGCUUUUUUGCUUCAACCCACUUUUUUCAAUCUUACGCGUCUAGUUUUAAAACCUCAGGCGUGCCCUACCUGGGUACAGAUAUAUGGACCCCAGGCAGUUGGGCCAGUUCCCGAUCCUCAGCUAAUGCCUGAACUAGUUGAGCUGCUUCUGUUGCCUGGGGGUCAGCUGUAGGGCUGGAGGAGAACUGGGAACAUUUUGACCUGAUGCAAAUACACUUUUGAAAUACUUAACCUUUUUGGAUCUGAUUUGAAAUAUGCAGCUUCCAUCUCUACCCUAGGAAAGACAUAAACAACUCAUCACCUAUUUAGAUGCAAUAUUUCUAGAAAAUUGGUUGUUAAUAAAAAACAUUUACACUGGCAUGUGUGGGGUAGUUUCUAAAAGGCACUUAGGGGAUUUCUAGUUAUUUAGAUGUCUACUUUUGUAUUUUCUGUGUGUUCACUGUUUCUCAGUAUCACCACUUGAAUAAUACUCUGUACACGGGCUCAUUUGUGCUAUACAUGGAGUAUCUAAAUGCAGCAAUAAAGCACUUCUUUACAAAGAA